UCACUGUCGUACAACAUCCCGACGCGUAAACAUAACAUAGACGAAGCAAUAAUAUUUUAUUUUAUUUUUAAAAUAGUCGUUUAGAAACAUGUCUAUAAAGUCUAUUUUGCUGUUAAUUACUUUAUCGUUAGUUGCCUUUUGCAAUGGUGCGUUUAGUGAACACAAUGACGUCAUCGAAGGCAGAGGAAAGAAGAAAAAAAUCGCUUUAUACGUGUACUGGGCAGACAUAAUAGUCAAGAAGAUCUUCGUCCUGAAGCUGAUAUACGCCUUUGUUUUCUUCGUGGUCAUCCACAAGGCGGGCUACUUCCUCUCAUGGUUCAUCAGUUACCUCAAGGAGCAGAAGAGAGAUCAUCAUGAGUAUCAUCACAUUCCUCAUCAUCACUAUGACUACGGACCCCCAAGCAGUUACGGACCCCACAGUAGUUACGGACCCCCCAGCAGUUAUGGAGGUCCAUAUAGAAGAGAAAGCCAUGGCGUGUAGUCUUAAUUACUAUAGUAAUAAUUUAAAAUAUUUAUUCCUUAAUACUACACAUGUAUUGAACCCCCUAAGGUUUACUUGAUAUCUAUAUAUGUAUUUAUCAAAAACAUAUCUGACACAUUUUGUCUGAUCCGAACCUUAUCUCAAAUAUUUCAUUUAAUUACGUUUGCUAAGAUUUGAUGGCAUUCCCAUAUCAAUAACAAUUGUACACACAUGCGCCUGACACUUCCUUAUAUUACCCCUUAGUCUUGCCUUUAUUACACGUCAAUCUAAUAUAACAGAUCCUAAACAUAAAUACUCGUAUAUUUACUUCAAACAUAAUAUUAU